GCUCUUACAGAACAUCCGGGGAACAGGACACAGGGAGUCCCAGCACAGGACAGGGGUUUGCUGGACAAUACUGGAAGUGAGGUGAUUUUGUCUCUGUGCUGGAUGACUGGAGAGGACAUGGGCAGAGCUGGACUGGACUAACCCCCUGCUUAAGGCAUUUUUCCCUCCCUCUCUCUCUCUUUCUCUCUCUCUCUCCUUCCUUCCCUCUCUCCCUGUGCGUGGUGGAACAAGAGAAGGUGGGAGAUCCAGGACAGAGACUCUUAAGUGGAGUUCGUACGGAGGUGGGUCAGUGCUGAACCUGCCUACAGCUGCCCUGGGACGCACCACACAGCUGUUCUUUGUCCUCACGCUCUUCCUCUCCCCCACACGCUCUCUCGCGCUCUCUCUCUCACUCUCGUCCUCUCUUCCUCUCCCCCACACGCUCUCUCUCUCUCUCUCUCUCUCUCUCUCGCUCUCUCCCUCUGCGCCUGUUUGCUAACCCUGAACAUGGAGCCCAACAGUCCCAAGAAGAUCCAGUUUGCUGUGCCACCUUUUCAGAGCCAUCUGGACCCUCAGGCAGCAGAACAUAUACGCAAGCGGAGACCCACUCCAGCAACACUCGUUAUUUAUAACGACCCCAGUGCAUCAGCAGAUGAAAAGCAGACCACGAGCACCCUGGCCGAGACCCAGUCUGCCCAACUGUCUCCAGCCCAGAGGAAGACAAGUGUCUACACACCGCCCACCAUGAGAGGUAAAGAACCAUCAGACAUUCAGCGCGCCAGCCAGGAGGAGUGUUACCCCCCCAGAUGCUCCCAGUCCCCACUGGCCACGCUAUCUGAGGAGCCAGCACACACACCACGUCGACACAAAGACACACCUUACCAGCAUCAGCCACUUGUCUCAGCAGGCCUGAAGACAGCGAAAGGCCAGGCAGAGUCUUCCUCGGCAUUUCUGGAGGAUGAAGAGGAGCUUCAGUAAGGAGAGUAACCAGCAGCCAGAGAGAACACAAAUUAAGGUUUAAUUAGUAAGCAAGGGAUUGGAAUGGUACGAUCCAAAAUGGUACGAUCCACCUGUCUAACACCUCCCACCGUGUUCUUAUUUGUCUGUUUUGCUUUAAUUUCUUUUCUCUUCGUGUGAGGGUUGUAAAAUUGGCAGAGAGGUCUUUAGUUUUUUUCUCUGAAUAUACUUCUUGUUUUAUUAUUACUUGAUGAUUAACAAAUUACCGUCUUUUUCUUAAAUCAUCUCAUAUUUUCUCAAUUUUAGUCUAUCCAUGUAGAGCUAGGGGGCUCACGCGAGAAACAUCAUAGACGGCGUGACCAUGAACUGAUAAUCUCUGUUUGGUAAUCUCAUUUCUGAUCACUCCAGAUCAACCCCUCAAUGCCGUAUGUUUGUAGUACAGACGGUUUAAUACACACAAACACAUACACACACACACCAGCAUGGUCUUCUGCACAAGAUUAUUCCAAUGUCUAGGAAUAAACAGAACAAAAUAUACUUGUGCUACUAUAUUACAUCGACACUUUAUUCUGGAGGUAAAACACGUCAUAACCUGAAGAAAGGAACUGUUACAGCAUUGGUUAGCCUGGUGCAAUAGUGCUUAAACUGUUGUCUUGUAAUUUCAAGGGAUUACAAAAAUGCUUAAAUUUGUAAUCUAACUGAAAUUGCAUGCCGUUUAUAUUUUGGGGGUGUUAGAUUUAAAGAAAACUAAAUGUAUUUUUAUAGCACAACUAUUAAAACAGCUGUAAUCGAUGUUAUAUUUCUUGCAAAUCUACGGCAGACACUGAAGGAGUCCGCACCUUCCCAGUGAUCACACGCUCCGCCUCCCUAAAGUGACGUUUCCUGAUUGGUUAAUACAGCGAACAUUGAUGAUUAUUCUUUUUUGUUUGCUGAUUACGAUGGCAGGACAGUCAUGGUACCUUAUUUUUUUCUGAGCAACUUGCCUCAUAGCUAUAAGGAUAUAAAGGCUUCAGUUUCACUAAUGUGUUCUUUAAAAAAAUCUCCAUUAUGGUAGCUUUAAGGUGAAUUAUUUUCAGGCUGAAGUUUCAUGUUGACGAACCAUGUCUGCUUCAGUGGCGUUGAAACGUAUCUACAACAGUAACCUUAUUUUCCUAUCGGAUGGUCUGCAAUUUUGUGCAUUAAACAGAAAUAAACUGGCUUUAUUGUUUCUU